AUGGCAUGUGAAAAGGAUGAUAUUGAUAACCUGAACGGAAUGUUAACGGAUAUAAAAGGUGUAAAAACGGAAUAUGUACCGUUUUAUUUGAAAACACUCAAAUGUAACCGGUAUACAACGAUUGAAGAAAUUGAAGAAAUCAUUGAAAUGACAAAUCAAACGAUUGAUAACGAUCGAAUAAAUGGUUAG